UCCAAUAGCAGUUGUAGAGUUGUAGUUUGUAUCUGAGGGCGUAUGAGUGUGUGUGUCUUGGUGGUGGGGUGCGGACGUGUAUUAUACGACUGAACAGAGACACUAUGAGUACAGAGGCCCUAAUGGAGCCCUCAGCUGCUGCCCAAGGCGGACCUCGACCUGUAGCCUCGACACCGCCACACAAAAGUCCCUCUCCUCCGUCAUCGACUUCCCUGGCGUCGCACCUACUGGCGGCUGUGUCGCAAGUCCAGAGCCUCACGUCGCAGUUGCCGCCGUCGGUACCCCUUCCCACGUCGUCGCCGUCGGGACUAGGACCCUACAGACAUGGCAUGCUCGGGGGCGGCAUCCCUCAUCAAUUUCACCUGGGCUCCGACCCUCCCAUGUCCUCGCUCUUGGCCGGACUGAAAGACUUCCCCAGACAGUACCAUUCUCCACCGCCAGUGCCCUCUUCGGAGAGCCACGAGUGCAAGAUCGUGGACUACCGGGGCGCGAAGGUGGCCGCCUUCAUCAUUAACGGAGACACGAUGCUCUGCCUGCCGCAGGCCUUCGAGAUAUUCUUGAAGCACCUGGUGGGGGGCCUGCACACCGUCUACACCAAGCUCAAGCGCUUGGGCAUCGAGCCGCUCGUGUGCAAUGUGGAUCAAGUUCGCAUCCUGAGAGGCCUAGGGGCCAUUCAGCCCGGCGUCAACAGGUGCAAACUGCUGUGCGUGAAACACUUCGACAUCCUGUACAAGGACUGCACGACUGCAAGGCUGGUGCCGUAUGCCACCUGGCGAGGCGGGCAGCGCGAGGAGCAAUCAGCAGUAGGGAGGUCGGUGAUGGCCGAUUCCCUCGCCUGCUCGAGACUAGCCGAUCUCCUCCCCACUCCUACUCCUCCUGCUAGUAGUCUACAGCUUGAAAAUGCUCUGCUGCCUGCUUCUGAAAACCCCUCCAGGCCUGGACGUCCGCCCAAGAGAGCUUCUGACUUCAUGACCAUGGCUCCGAGUCCAGACGCCCUCUUCGACCUCAAGAAGCGCCAUCUCGAGAACGGCGGUUUCCACAACGGGCAGUUGCCAGGUGAUCACCGCCUGGACAAAUCCCCAUUGCUGGCCAAUGGAUACCAUGCCCCACCUCACUUCAACCUCCAGUACAUGGCCCACCACAUGGGGCUGGGAUACCCACAUCUGAUGCCUGGAGGCCUUCCCGGCGGGCUUCCCGGUGGUCCUCCUGUAGGGCAUCACCCUCUUUCACCGACCGACCCCUCGCCCCUGAAACAUCCACACAUUACUCCUGAAGCGUUGGCCAGAAUGCACGAGGAGCGAGUGGAGCGGGAGCGCCAGUUGGCCCUUGAGCAGAGACACGGCCUCACCCCGACCAGCAUCGCCGGACCCCAUCCCAUGCCGCCCACGUCCACGCACGACGACCAUCAGCCGCCCACCUCACCCGUCCUGAACCUCUCCAAGGGCGCCGCAUCCGACGACGCGCACGAAGACAGAGACGACGACCGAGAGCACGACCUUGCAAGCCACGACUCGGCUCGGGAGGACCUGCACGACGACGACCGCAGGACAAACCAACACGACGACGUCGAUCGACUCUCAGAUAUGGAUGACGACGAGGACAAGGAUGAAUCAAUGGACAUCGCUGAUGCCUGGACGAGAGCUUCCAGUAAUUUGGGUCAAACGCAGCUCAGUUCGCCGCCUGGGGCAGGGGGGCCCGGGGGUGCGAUGAGCAUGGGAGGAAGCGCCCCGCUGUCAUCCACGGAAGUUCUUCUACGCAAUAUCUUGGGUCUCCUUCGGGUUGCAGAGGAAAACGCACGGCAUCACGAGAGACAGACGCAGUAUGAGAAAGCGGAGCUGAAGAUGGAAGUGCUUAGAGAACGGGAACUGAGGGAGACCCUUGAAAAGCAGUUGCAGGAGGAGCAGAAGAACAGGAUAUUGAUGCAGAAGAGAUGCGCCAAGCUGAAGAAGCUUCGUCGGCGCCUUCAGGAGCGCCUCGAUGUCGAAGUCAAGCGCAGAAGUCGGUACGAGGACCACCUCCGCUCCAACUCUCCAGAUGCGCUUGGAGACAUAAACGGUAGGUACACCAUACGUAAGGAGAUGGAAGCCAUCGCAGCAGAGCUGAAGAAUGAGACUUUCCAGAAGGUUCAGCAACAGGCCGAGGAGAGGGACUCUGUAGACCGUCUUUUGGCUUCACCUGCUUUGGCCAACCAUCCUGCCAUCACAGCGGCCACAGCCAAAACGACUGCUGCCUGGCGGUAGAUGGUUGCCCAAGGGUGGUAGCGACUCUCGUUCGAUUUCUUUUUGGGAUUUCUUUAUCCUUGAGGGAAAUAUCCACUGGGUUUCUCGUCUCCUCCGCCUUGUCUGUCCGCGGAAGCAUUUUUACCCGGCAAACACUUUGUAAGGAGAAGCGUUGGAGGAAAAGAUGAGUUGCGGUGGAAAACUGUUUCAACUUUUGGGACAGUUCAUAGUUUCAUUCAGCUUUCCAUAAUUCUUGACCCUCGCAGAAGGACAAGAAGAAGAAGAAGCGUAGCUAGACCUCUUGGCGCGAAUCUACGUUCUGGAAACCUCGAAACCAAUUUUCCCGUUGUGUGAAGUGCUUUUUAGAGUAACGCAACGGUUUCAUAUGAUUUGAUAGCGUCACUGUCUACAAGCGUACUCUUCAGAAUCAUGAGUAGGUAAGAGAGCUAAGGCCUUGGUAUGGAGUCUGCUUUAUAAUGUGUGUGGGACUGAUGUUGCUGAACUACAAGUAUACACUUGAUUUUUGCCGAUGGCUUAGAAAAGGACUCUUUACCCGUGGUGUUAUGUGGCAUUUAAUACUUAACUGUGUACAUACGUAGAGAGAUAGGGAAAAAUGGUUAUACCUGUAUCCAUAAGUUAAGUAUUCAUAUAGUUUCAAAGAGACCGUGAAAAGGAGACUGCAAAGCGUGUGAUGAACGAUGAAAAUACGAAACCAGAGUCAGCGGCGGUGCGCCAGACGCCGCCAUCUCCGGUCUGAAAAAGAUAGUGACGUCAUCAUUACCAGUGUCUACCUCACCAGUGCAAAAAUAAGGAAGAAAUUGAUGCACAAGAUAUCAUCCAUGAUAAACCACAUUCUUUCCUUUUUAUGUAGAAUAAGUGGGCACAGUUUUUGUCCUGCCUGAAACUGGGUAUACGUAUUAUGUGGGCAGGGAUACAUUUAUGGACAGCAGAUAAAAUACACGCUGUAAGGCUGUAAGUAAGUCCAUAAACGGACCUCUCGCAAGUCAGUCAGUGCUUGGAGGGUACUGCCGAGAGAGAGAAGCUGAGGUCAUGCAAGGUCACUGAGAAGGUAUAUUUAACAAUGCCCGAAGCCUAAUUUAACCCUCAUCAACACGUACAAUGCUGUCCCAUUCUUCCCCCUCAAGCAGUCCAGGGCAAUUUGAAAAUAAUGUUUAGUAAUUCUCCAUUACUAUUUAACUUGUAUUUAUUGUCUUUUAUUUUAUUUUUUUUAAAAACUUGCUGGGGUCAGUCGUGUCGAGGUAGUUACAUACAAUGUGAGAAGGUUGGACACCUCUCCUUGGUUCCUUCAUUUUUUUUUAUAUUCAUACACGUGCAGUGUAUACAUACAUACAUACACACACAUAUAUAUGUGUGUAUGUAUGUAUAUAUGUAUGUAUUUUAUAUUUAUAUUGACUACUGGCCGUAUUGAGAAAGUAGUGGUGAUAUUAUUUGCAAUAUUCAUAGGAAAUAUUUCGACAGAUUAAUUUUAUAUUAUUACAUUUUUAUGGAUUGUGCUUCAUAAUGUCAAUUUUAACUGUAACAUAUCAAGAAGAGCGAAACUAAUUACCAAAAAGCUGCACAAAAGGAAAGAGAGAGAGGGAGCGUGAUGCGUAAUUCCAUUAAUUCUGGAGAAAAUAAAAGAUUGAUAAUGUCAAACUCUGCGUCAUGUGACAGACACAAUGGCGCUUUGCCGUUUUGACCUGUAAAUCGAGCCAAAAGGUGAACAGUAAUUAUUUUCUGACGUUGUAAAUCCGCUUAUGUCUCGGCAUAAACAGGUUGUACGACUUGCUACCAUUGUAGUAUGAUAGAGUAUAGUCGGUAAUAACUUGGCAUUUGUAAGAUUUUGUACAUAGAGAAAAAAUACAACCAUAUACUUUUAAGGGCAUUAAUCCAUUUAAUAGUCAUAGGAUGAGUAAGUCAUCUCUAGCGCGUAGUGAAAUAGAUUUACUUAUACGUUUGGCAUGACCCAUCUACUGUAAAUCAUUUGUCUGAUUCUCAUUGCAAUUAUCGCUAUUAUGAUUUCCAGUUUUCAUAGUGCCAAUGAACCAACAUAUGCUUUGUUAGUUACAUAUUUUAGAGUAAGAGCCGUUGGCAUGUUCUUCCUGUCAAGAGAAAGAAUGGAUUUUUUUCUCUGUCUCUUUUAUUUAUGAGUUUCUUUUAUAUUACCACUUUCUUUGUAAACUGUUGCUUCAUUGCUAUGAGGGACCAUUUAAUAUUAUUAUUAUUAUUAUUUUUUUAUUUUUUUUAUUUUUUUUUUAUUAUUGCCGAUAUUUUGAAUAUAAUUAGCAUUUUUGAUCGAAGUCUACCACGUAUUAAUCAGUUUUAGUUUUUUUCCUGCCCUCCCUUCGACUAUUCAUUGAUCGAUUGAUUAGUUAACGUAAGUUGGCCCUGGAAUGACUAGAGUCAUCGACGCUGGUCUUCGUAACACAUGAACAAUAGGCUGUUUAUUGUUAUCUUAUGCAUUUGUAGGUAUUUAGGUUCAUAUCGAGAGAGUAAAUUUAUUUUGCCAGUUUUUCUACCGGUGUACCAAUGAGUAGCUGAAAUAAAAUAUUUAAGCUAAUAUAAUGAAUGGAUAGAAUACGUUGGAGUAGUUCAAACACCCCCCCCCCUCCCCCCGUCCCUUCCCUUCCCGUUCCCCUGUCGGCCCCAUUGAUUCUUUGGAUUUUUUCCCGGAACUAGGAGAACUUGACUUCAUUCAAGGUUGUCCAGCUAGCUAAAUUUUUAAGUUCUUUUAUUUUUCCAUCGGGUUUUUUGUUUUAUUUUUUUCUCACCUUCCACCUUUUUAACCAUGCCUUGUAUGUAUGUAACUAAAGUAACGUUGUUGUAUCCUAUAAUGAACCUGAGUGUUUCUCUCAUUUUUAUGUUGUUUCACUAAAUAAAGCAAUAAAUU